UACAACGGUUUCGAACAAUUGUGUAUCAAUUUCACUAACGAAAAAUUGCAACAAUUCUUCAACCAUCACAUGUUCGUUUUGGAACAAGAAGAAUACCAACGUGAAGGCAUUGAAUGGACUUUCAUCGAUUUCGGCAUGGAUUUGCAGAUGUGCAUUGAAUUGAUUGAGAAGCCUAUGGGUAUCUUGUCCAUCCUUGAAGAAGAGUCUAUGUUCCCCAAGGCCACCGAUCAAACAUUCGCCGAAAAAUUGGUCAACACUCACUUGGGCAAAUCGCCACCAUUCCAGAAGCCCAAACCACCAAAGCCCGGCCAACAGGCAGCUCACUUUGCUAUUGGCCAUUAUGCUGGUGUUGUCGCCUAUAACAUCACCGGUUGGUUGGAGAAGAACAAGGAUCCAUUGAACGACACUGUUGUCGAUCAAUUCAAGAAAUCGCAAAACAAAUUGCUGAUCGAAAUCUUCGCCGAUCAUCCAGGUCAAUCUGGUGGCGGUGAACAAGCCAAGGGUGGUCGUGGUAAGAAGGGUGGUGGUUUCGCUACCGUCUCUUCGGCCUACAAGGAACAAUUGAACAGCUUGAUGACCACUCUGCGUUCGACACAACCUCACUUCGUGCGUUGCAUCAUUCCCAAUGAAAUGAAACAACCUGGUCUUGUGGAUGCUCACUUGGUUAUGCACCAGCUGACAUGUAACGGUGUACUUGAAGGUAUCCGUAUUUGUCGUAAAGGUUUCCCCAACCGAAUGGUGUACCCUGAUUUCAAGCAACGCUACCAAAUCCUGAACCCAAGAGGCAUCAAAGGACUUGACGAUCCCAAGAAAGCCACUAAGAUUUUGAUCGAAUCCACUGAAUUGGAUGAAGAUCAGUACCGUCUGGGUAACACUAAGGUGUUCUUCCGCGCUGGUGUCCUCGGUCAGAUGGAAGAGUUCCGUGAUGAACGUCUCGGCAAAAUCAUGUCCUGGAUGCAAGGUUGGGCUCGUGGUUACUUGGCCCGUAGGAACUUCAAGAAAUUGCAAGAGCAACGUUUGGCCCUCAAAGUUGUGCAACGUAACUUGCGCAAAUACUUGCAACUCCGCACCUGGCCAUGGUACAAAUUGUGGCAGAAGAUCAAGCCUUUGCUCAACGUUUCCCGCGUUGAGGAUGAGAUUGCUCGUCUGGAAGAGAAGGCCAAGAAGGCUGAGGAAUUGCAUGCCGCUGAAGUGAAAGUACGCAAGGAAUUGGAAGCCCUCAACGCUAAGCUGUUGGCUGAAAAGACUGCCCUUUUGGACUCGCUGUCCGGUGAGAAGGGUCAAUUGCAAGACUUCCAGGAGAGGAACGCCAAGUUGACUGCCCAGAAGAACGACCUCGAGAACCAAUUGCGCGAUAUCCAAGAUCGCUUGAGCCAAGAGGAAGAUGCCCGCAACCAACUGUUCCAACAGAAGAAGAAGGCUGACCAAGAGAUCUCUGGCCUGAAGAAGGAUAUUGAGGAUCUUGAAUUGAACGUCCAGAAGGCUGAACAAGAUAAGGCCACCAAGGAUCACCAAAUCCGCAACUUGAACGAUGAGAUCGCCCACCAGGAUGAACUCAUCAACAAGUUGAACAAGGAGAAGAAGAUGCAAGGUGAAAGCAACCAGAAGACUGGUGAGGAACUCCAAGCCGCCGAGGACAAGAUAAACCACUUGAACAAGGUUAAGGCUAAGCUCGAACAGACCCUCGAUGAAUUGGAGGACUCGUUGGAGCGUGAGAAGAAAUUGCGCGGUGAUGUUGAGAAGGCUAAGCGCAAGGUUGAGGGUGACCUCAAACUCACCCAGGAAGCCGUCGCUGACUUGGAACGCAACAAGAAGGAAUUGGAGCAGACCAUCCAACGCAAGGACAAGGAAUUGUCUUCGAUCACCGCCAAAUUGGAAGACGAACAGGUCGGUGUUGGCAAGCACCAGCGCCAGAUCAAGGAAUUGCAGGCCCGCAUUGAAGAAUUGGAAGAGGAAGUUGAGGCUGAACGUCAAGCUCGCGCCAAGGCUGAGAAGCAACGCGCUGAUUUGGCCCGCGAAUUGGAGGAAUUGGGUGAGCGUCUUGAGGAAGCCGGUGGUGCUACCUCUGCUCAAAUCGAACUCAACAAGAAACGCGAAGCCGAACUCAGCAAAUUGCGCCGCGAUUUGGAGGAAGCCAACAUUCAGCACGAAUCCACCUUGGCCAACUUGCGCAAGAAGCACAACGAUGCUGUUGCUGAGAUGGCCGAACAGGUUGAUCAGCUCAACAAGUUGAAGGCUAAGGCUGAACACGAUCGCCAGACUUGCCACAAUGAGUUGAACCAAACUCGUGCCGCUUGCGAUCAACUGUCCCGCGAUAAGGCUGCCCAAGAAAAGAUCGCCAAGCAAUUGCAACACACUUUGAACGAAGUGCAAGGCAAAUUGGACGAAACCAACCGCACCCUCAACGACUUCGAUGCCUCCAAGAAGAAGCUGUCAAUCGAAAACUCCGAUCUGUUGCGUCAAUUGGAGGAAGCCGAAUCGCAGGUGUCGCAAUUGUCCAAGAUCAAGAUCUCCUUGACCACUCAAUUGGAAGAUACCAAACGCUUGGCCGACGAAGAAUCCCGCGAACGUGCCACCCUCUUGGGCAAGUUCCGCAACUUGGAACACGACCUGGACAAUCUGCGCGAGCAGGUAGAAGAGGAAGCCGAAGGCAAGGCUGAUUUGCAACGUCAACUCAGCAAGGCCAACGCUGAGGCUCAAGUAUGGCGCAGCAAAUACGAAUCCGAUGGUGUUGCCCGCUCUGAGGAAUUGGAGGAAGCCAAGAGGAAGUUGCAAGCUCGCUUGGCUGAGGCUGAGGAAACCAUUGAAUCGCUCAACCAGAAAUGCAUUGGCCUCGAGAAGACCAAGCAACGCCUGGCUACCGAAGUCGAAGACUUGCAAUUGGAAGUCGACCGUGCCAACGCCAUUGCCAACGCUGCCGAGAAGAAACAGAAGGCCUUCGACAAGAUCAUUGGCGAAUGGAAGCUCAAGGUUGAUGAUUUGGCUGCUGAAUUGGAUGCUUCCCAGAAGGAAUGCCGCAACUACUCAACCGAAUUGUUCCGUCUCAAGGGUGCCUACGAAGAAGGCCAAGAACAAUUGGAGGCCGUGCGCCGUGAGAAUAAGAAUCUUGCCGAUGAAGUUAAGGAUCUGCUCGACCAGAUCGGUGAAGGUGGCCGCAACAUUCACGAAAUCGAGAAGGCACGCAAACGCUUGGAAGCCGAAAAGGAUGAACUCCAAGCCGCCCUCGAGGAAGCCGAAGCUGCCUUGGAACAGGAAGAGAACAAGGUGUUGCGCGCACAAUUGGAAUUGUCCCAAGUGCGUCAAGAAAUCGACCGCCGCAUCCAAGAGAAAGAAGAGGAAUUCGAAAACACCCGCAAGAACCACCAACGCGCACUCGACUCCAUGCAAGCCUCCCUCGAAGCCGAAGCCAAGGGUAAGGCUGAGGCCCUCCGCAUGAAGAAGAAGUUGGAAGCCGAUAUCAACGAGCUGGAAAUUGCAUUGGAUCAUGCCAACAAGGCUAACGCCGAGGCCCAGAAGAACAUCAAACGCUACCAGCAACAGCUUAAGGAUAUCCAGACCGCCCUCGAAGAAGAACAGAGAGCCCGCGACGAUGCCCGCGAACAAUUGGGCAUCUCCGAGCGCCGCGCCAACGCCCUCCAGAACGAACUCGAGGAAUCCCGCACUCUGCUCGAACAAGCCGACCGCGGUCGUCGCCAAGCCGAACAGGAAUUGGCCGAUGCCCACGAACAACUCAACGAAGUCUCCGCCCAGAAUGCUUCCAUCUCUGCUGCCAAGAGGAAAUUGGAAUCCGAACUGCAAACACUCCACUCCGAUUUGGAUGAGCUGCUGAACGAAGCCAAGAACUCCGAAGAGAAGGCCAAGAAGGCUAUGGUCGAUGCUGCCCGUCUCGCCGAUGAACUCCGCGCCGAACAAGAUCAUGCACAGACACAAGAGAAACUCCACAAGGCCUUGGAACAACAAAUCAAGGAAUUGCAAGUCCGCUUGGAUGAGGCUGAAGCCAACGCACUGAAGGGUGGCAAGAAGGCUAUCCAGAAAUUGGAGCAACGCGUCCGCGAAUUGGAGAACGAAUUGGACGGUGAACAGAGAAGACACGCCGAUGCCCAGAAGAAUCUGCGCAAAUCUGAACGUCGCAUCAAGGAGUUGAGCUUCCAGUCCGAGGAAGACCGCAAGAACCACGAACGCAUGCAAGACUUGGUCGACAAACUGCAACAGAAGAUCAAGACAUACAAGAGGCAAAUCGAAGAAGCCGAAGAAAUCGCUGCCCUCAAUUUGGCCAAAUUCCGCAAAGCACAGCAAGAACUCGAAGAAGCCGAGGAACGCGCUGACUUGGCCGAACAGGCUAUCAGCAAAUUCCGCGCCAAGGGACGUGCCGGCUCAGUUGGACGUGGUGGCAGCCCAGCGCCCCGAGCGAUGUCCGUACGGCCACAACUCGACGGAUUGGCUUUCCCACCAAGAUUCGACCUUGCUCCAGAAAACGAAUUCUAAAUGCCAUUUCUAUGCUUCGUUUUUAAAGGAAUUAUUUUAAAAUAAUAUUUCAUAAUUAUUUGUUAUGUUUAAUUUAAUUUAAACUAUUUACAAUACUUUUUUGUUUAAUUAAUUUAAAUAAAAAAAAACAUGUAUAAUUCGAACGACGGGAGGAAUAUAUGCACUUAGGCAAGAAAAUCUCUUAAAAAUAAUAUUAUAAAAAAAAACAAAAACAACAAACCAAUGUAAAAGAAAAAAAAUACACAAAAA